CUGGGGGGCGCUCCACAGAGCCACUAAUGUGUGAAAAUGACCUUACACACCUAUUUGUUUACAGUUUCUGUUUGUUAGUUAGGUCUAUUGAACUACACUCCUUUUGUGUCACUUUUCUCAGGUCAUGUCGUCAUCCAUCUGGUUCUCAGCCCACCUCCGGAUCCUUGUGCUUUUCCUUGCUGUUGCUCUGACUGUUGCACUUUUGUUUUUGGGAUACAACUCGGAAAACCUCUCUACGAUUGGCUUUUCGCUACUUCCACAAAACUCUGCUGUAAACUGUUCAAAUGUGAGGGAAGAAAGAAAGAGCCAAGAUCCGAUCCUCCUCAUCUGGGUGUGGCCUUUUGGUCAUAAGUUUGACCUGAACUGUGACCCGUUUGACAUCACCGGGUGCAAACUGACGGACGACAGAUCUCUGUACCCCACAGCACAUGCUGUCAUAUUCCACCACCGAAACAUCGAUGUAAAUGAACUGCCCAAAGAGCCACGCCCGUCUUUUCAGUUGUGGGUGUGGUUUAACAUGGAGUCACCUUCAAACUCCAACCCAAUCUCAGGUUUCCGUAACCUUUUCAACCUGACCUGUAGCUACCGCCGUGACUCAGAUAUCUUUACUCCAUACGGGAGCCUGGUACCAGUGUCAAACGACAAGGAACUUUUCACCCGACUCCCGACAAAAGACAAACUGGUUUGUUGGAUCGUAAGCAACUGGAACUCGCACUUCAAACGAGUCCAAUACUUCAACGAGCUAAAAAAACAUGUGGAAAUCAAGACGUACGGUCGCGCGUUUGGAGAAUACAUCAGCGACGAAAUGUACGUCGAGAUCAUUACGAGCUGCAAGUUCUACCUUUCGUUUGAAAACUCCAUCCACAAAGACUACAUCACAGAGAAGUUCUACAUGCCAUUGAAGCUGGGGGCGGUGCCGGUGGUUUUGGGACCUCCGAGAGAGAACUACGAAGCCCACGCACCCGCAGAAUCCUUCAUCCACGUGGACGACUUUGCCUCGCCCAAGGAGCUAGCAGAGCGGCUCCAGCACUUGCACCUCCACCCAGACCAGUACAUGGACUACUUUGAGUGGAGGAACAGUUUUAAGGCGGUGUCAGGGAUUUUUGGACUGGAGCAGGUAUGCAGGACGUGUCACUACCUCAAAACACAGAGAAGGUACCAAAGUGUGCGUGACCUGAACAAGUGGUACUGGGACAACUGAACUGUGCUUUGAGCUAUCAGGAAAUAAAAACAUGUUUUGAAUUUGGUGUAUUCCACAAUUUGAGUCAGUGUCGAAUUUACUACAUGUAAUAUGCAUCAGUUACUUCAAGCCUUUAAAAUUAUUUGUUCAUUUUAAGUGAAAUAUGAGGCCAAAGUUCACUUAAACUCCAAAUUCCAAUUUUUAAUUGGAAGUAAACAGUA